GAAGCUGGCUGGCAUCUGACCCACCAUGACACCCACAGAACUCCCGAACCUUAUUCCUGGAAUAUCUGAUGACUACAGCUUUUACUCCUCCAUUUCUGUGGAUGACUACAUGAACUUCACUAAUCUCUUCUGUGAGAAAAGCAAUGUCAGGAAGUUUGCAAGUCAUUUUCUUCCGCCCAUUUACUGGCUUGUGUUCAUUGUGGGCACCCUGGGCAACAGCCUGGUCAUCCUCGUCUACUGGUAUUGUACCAGAGUGAAGACCAUGACGGACAUGUUCCUUUUGAACUUGGCCAUUGCUGACCUGCUUUUUCUUGCCACUCUUCCCUUCUGGGCCAUUGCUGCUGCUGGCCAGUGGACAUUCCAGACUUUCAUGUGCAAGAUUGUGAAUGGCAUGUACAAGAUGAACUUCUAUAGCUGUGUGCUGCUCAUCAUGUGCAUCAGCGUGGACAGGUACAUUGCCAUUGUACAGGCCACGAAGGCUCAGACUUGGAGGCAGAAAAGGCUACUCUACAGCAAGGUGGUUUGUGUUACCAUCUGGGUGAUGGCAGCCGUGCUCUGCACCCCCGAAAUCCUGUACAGCCAAAUCAGUGGGGAAUCUGGCAUUGCUGUCUGCACCAUGGUCUACCCAAAGGAUGAGAGCACCAAGCUGAAGUCAGCUAUCUUGAUCCUGAAGGCCAUCCUGGGGUUCUUCCUCCCCUUCGUUGUCAUGGCUUGCUGCUAUACCAUCAUCAUUCACACCCUGGUACAAGCCAAGAAGUCAUCGAAGCACAAGGCCCUCAAGGUAACCAUCACUGUCCUCACCGUCUUCAUCAUGUCUCAGUUCCCCUACAACUGCAUUCUUGUGGUUCAGGCCAUUGAUGCCCACACCAUGUUCAUUUCCAGCUGCACCAUUUCCACCAAUAUUGACAUCUGCUUCCAGGUCACUCAGACCAUUGCCUUUUUCCACAGUUGCCUGAACCCCGUUCUCUAUGUUUUUGUGGGUGAGAGAUUCCGCCGGGAUCUGGUGAAGACUUUGAAGAACUUGGGAUGCAUCAGCCAGGCCCAGUGGGUCUCAUUCACGAGGAGAGAGGGGAGCUUGAAGCUGUCCUCCAUGCUUCUGGAGACAACCUCAGGGGCACUCUCCCUCUGAGAGAUCUUUCUGAGGCAGAUGGUCUUUGGAAGUGAUGAUAUAUACAUAUAUACAUAGUCCCCACCAAUGAGACUAGAGAGAAGCAAUGAUAAAGAAAUGAGAAAAAGAAAGAAUGGAAGAAAAAACCACCCCCCAAGGAAUGAACUUAAAGAGCAUUAUCAUGUUAAAAAUCCACCACCCCUGAAGGGCGCCAAGCAACUCUUGGCUGCAGUUACUGUAGUUCUAAGGCAGAUUCUCAAGCAACAGUGAUGAAAGCCUGGGUUUGCACAUGCUGAGCAUCAAUGCAGCCAGGCUCUAAUGGAGGCGCCGAGUUCUCCCAGUGUUCCCAGUUGCUGUAACUUCAGAUAUGAUGCUAUUCCUCCCCAAAGAGGACACAGAGUACUGGCCACUGCCAUAGUCCACAAAAGCAGAAGGCUUUGUGACAUUGUCCACCUCUGGUUUGAGGCUAAUACCGAUAAGUCUUACAGACUCUUGAUCUAGAACACAGUCAAACCAUUGGAGAUUGAAUGCCCUCUGGUCUCCCUGGUGUCUUCUGGGCCAUGGAAGAUCCUUGUUCCUAUUUUGGAGCCAUCUGUACGUCAGAUUGUUGAGCCUAUGCUGAGCUGACCACAUCACAAAGCCACCUGGAGUCCGGUCUACUUCUGUGUUUGGUUGGAGGUGCCACGUCUACACCUGGCUGCAGGGUUGAUCUAAGAGAAGACCUGGCCUGUCCACUGGUGCCUGAAAAUAAGUGUAGAUGGUGGGGAUCCAGCCCUGACUUUGUUAGGGCUUCUUAGGCAGAGAGGCACUUGCUGCAUGCCCCCCCCCCAUCUUUUUCUUGUCAGCCUCACAGGC